GGAGUCUGCUGGCAGGUCCGUAUGUCAGUAAAGAACAAAUGACACAGGAUCCUUUAUCUAAUUCAAUCCACUGGAUGGCUUGGGAACUGGCAGCUUAAUGGUGUCACUGCCUAGCCAUCUGAUCUCGUCAGAAAUGGUGCCAUGGUCGUGUCUCGGAAUCAGACUGGGGGUGAAACGUUGCGUCCUGAGGCUAUUGUACGAAACUGCCUCCGCCGAGUGGAGCAAUGAAUGACAUACAUAUACAUAUUACAAGGGCAGUUCACUGAUCCGACACGCUUAAAGACCUGUUGUCUCCUCCAUUUAUAACCCGCUUCCAUCCCUUCUCUCAUUCUCUGUUAUCAUGCUCUCUGAACCAGCUUCCACUGCAUUCGCCAUGUCUCGCGCCGACUUUAACAAAGACCCCUUCCUGUCAUAUUCUCGAUCCCUCCACGACUAUACUCUCAGGCUGUGGACGGAAUCUAGGAGAGUGGCAGAGGAGAAAGCGCGCAACAAGGCAGCUCGUAGGGAUGUCGAAGACGCUUCACGAUGGCGGAAGCAACCCGAGUCGUGUUCGCCACAAUCCCAUAGAUCGACUACGCACGACUGACAAUCCACACCCCGCAUGCCGCACGGAGCAUCGUCAGCGACGAGCGGUUAUGCGAUAGAUCAAUCUACCACCUGGCACCUACCCUAUGUCGCAGAAACAACUUUCACAAAUCAUGGCAUGCUCCGGAUUACAUCCAUUAAUCGAUAAUUUUAUCGUCCAAUUAUGAUCUGUCCUAUCAUGGCGAAAUAAUACCGAAUGCUCCCAUGACGGAGUUAGGAAUUGAUAUGUAUCUUCCCGCACAUAGUAUGAUCUCUACUUUGUCAAUGCAGGCCUGUCGACAGGUCGAGAGCGAUGUUGCGGUCCGAUGGGUCGUCAAGAAGAAGUUACCCUGUUUAUGUAACC